ACAUGUACAAGGCCGAUAUAGUAUUGAGUACAUUUAUCAGAGAUAACCCUACGGCCACUUCAUUCGGUUGUCCCACGCCCGCUCUCGGACGACCUCUCCAUACCGCUCCCCUAAUCAAGCCAGGGAUGCCCAACGAGCUCCACACUGCAGUUCGGGACAGGAAAUUUUGAAAACAAAAUUUACUGAACCGAUAAAUAGAACAGUAUGUCAUCUUCAAACAAUUUGGUUACAAACUCUGAUUCUCCUGAGGGAGUGGUGAAUGGUGGUUUCACUCAGCAAGACGUGAAGCCAGUUCCUGGCGACACUUCUGCUAACGGCCAAAUGAAUUCUGGGGAUAACCUUUCUGGUGACAAAAAGCAACCCGAGGAACCGCCAGCAAAGACAACUUUCUAUGUGAUACUGUUGACCUUUCUGUGCGCACUUGGUAGUUUUUUGUUUGGUUACGACACCGGAGUAGUUUCAGGGGCUAUGUUGUACAUUAAAGAUGAAUUCCAUCUUAGUCCUUUACUACAUGAACUCGUGAUUAGUGUGACUGUUGGAGCUGCUGCUGUCUUCGCAGUUGUCGGAGGAUUCAUCAACGAUAAGCUCGGGCGCAAACCUACCACACUGAUCGCCAGCGUUGUGUUCCUGGCUGGUGCUUUGGUACUGGCACUCGCACAGAAUGUGGCAAUGCUGCUUGCAGGCCGUGUCAUCGUUGGAAUUGGCAUAGGUUUGGACUCGAUGACGGUGCCGAUGUAUGUAGCGGAAUGCGCCCCGGCUCACGUCAGAGGCCGGCUCGUCACCAUCCAUCAGUUCAUGAUUACCGUCGGUCUCCUCGUAUCCACUCUUGUCGAUGGAGCCUUCAGCUAUGUUGACAACGGAUGGAGGUACAUGUUGGGUCUCGCUGGAGUUCCUGCUCUUAUCCAGCUUAUCGGAUUUAUCUUCAUGCCAGAGAGUCCCCGAUGGCUUGUGUACCACGACAAAGAUGAAGAAGGAUUGAAGGCGUUGGAGAAAAUUCGAGGCACGACACAAGUGCUGAACGAAUACCAGCUCAUCAAAGAUACUGUGAACGAGGACAGAAAGCUCCAGAAUGAGAAUCAAGGAUUUGUUUUAUUACGGAUGCUGAAAACAAAGACGACGAGAAGGGCUUUAGUCGUAGGAUGCUCACUCCAGAUGUUUCAGCAAUUGGCCGGCAUCAACACAGUCAUGUAUUACACGGCCUCCAUCGUCCGAAUGGCGGGUUUUCGAGACAACAGCAUUGCCAUCUGGUUAUCUGCUCUGGUGUCUUCUGUCAAUGUCCUUUUUACGUUCGUCGGACUCUACUUCGUGGAAAAACUGGGCAGAAAAUUACUCUUGAUAUUAAGCUACAUCGGUGUGUUGGUGGCUUUAAUCGUCUUGGCAGUUGGCUUUCAGCUCCCGUCCAUCAGUUCUCCAGAUUUAAAUAUGAAGGAAGGGUUCAGCAACACGUCCUGUUACUCAUACAGUAACUGCUACCCUUGUAGCCAAGACGCGAAAUGUGGGUACUGUUAUGAGUUUGACGGGAAUGUGGCGUCUAAUGGCUCCUGUGUGGCCGUGUUGGAUGAUGAACAUACGGCACAGGCCACAAUCGGCAGAUGUAAUUCCACCUCUCUUCCUGAUGGAAUGCGAUUUGACUUCGACUUCUGCCCCACAGAUUACUCUUGGCUUCCCAUCUUUGGAAUGGUCCUCUAUCUUGCAUCAUUUGCCCCAGGAUUUGCUCCCAUGCCUUGGACUCUCAAUUCGGAAAUGUAUCCUUUGUGGGCACGUAGCUCUGGGAAUGCAUGCGCAACAGCUGUGAAUUGGCUCUUUAACCUUUUGGUUUCGCAAACAUUCUUGACACUUUUGGAAUCCAUGACUUCUUACGGUACGUACUGGUUAUAUGCAGGCAUAUCCGUUAUUGGGAUCUCAGUAUUUACGAUGAUAGUACCAGAAACAAAGGGGAAAUCUCUGGAGGAAAUCGAACAGCUUUUUUCCAAAGGUUGGUGCCAUUGUCCGUGUAUGAGUGAUGCUAACGCCAUUGGUAGUGGCAGACAGAAGACAUACGAAUUGGAGAUCAUUUCCAACCAAAACUGAAAGCAUAGUUGCAUCUUUGUGGAUAUCUGAUAUGGACAGGCACUUGUACGUGUUGUCUGAACCUACUUGGGCACAAGGGCGUUGGAAAGCAAAUUUCCGCAGGUGAAUCAUUAGACGGCUCGCCAGUCUGAUACUGAAGGUGACACUUUACUUGGCUCAUUCGCGGAUAAUAGAGAUGCAGCGUAAGACAUUGAAGUCACAGCCCAGAGAAACGACGGCAUUGUUUUGUCUUUAUUCGGUUAAUUAUAAACCCUUUCUGGCCGACACCAGCUGAAUAAGAAGAAGUCCACGUGGUGAGGUGGAUUACAUGUGCACAUGAUUCUUCAUAUUAGUCUAGAUGUAUUUUUAUGAUACAAAUUGAACAAAGAUGAAGUAUUUGCCUCGUGCUAAUUGUAACUAACUUUUCUACAUGGGUUGUCCAUUGUUGAUAAAUUUUGGGGUAAACUGAGCAUUGAUACAGGAUACAUACAAUGUCCCACGUCUAACAUUCGUACCUUUAUUGAAUUACAUUAAUUAGUUCUCCUAAGUGUACAUUUUCGCAGGUAGUAUAAUGUUAUUUUUAGAAACUGUAGGCGCUUCCAGAUAUACUAUGGAUAAUGGAGUGCAAUCUGAUCUAGCCAUACAACAUAGCGUUAUGGAAAUAUUUAAUUUUAUUUGCCUUUCGCUAGGAAAGCCUUUUCCAAACCAUUAAUGGACGCAUGUGUCCCUUGUAGUAUAUACGUAUUGAGAUUAGGGACUCAUUUGAACUUCAAACUUUUUCGCCUGAUAGAACAUUUACACCUGAUACAACAUGUGUUGCAUUACAUGUAUUAAGGUUAGUUGCUUAGUCAUGUAUUACUGAAGAAUACCUAAAUAAUUCAAUUAUAUUGAGUCAUUAUCAUUCUUGUUACUGUGGUGACAAGAAAAUUUAAUAUUAAAGCCUUCUGAAAGAAUAUAUCUUAGUAGCUAGCUUGAUU